AUGUCAUUACAGAAGCUAACCGCAGAAUUGUACAAGCUGUUCGACAGCCAGGAAUACGAACAGUCUUUGAAGCUUUUGGCGCCCAUCAAAAUCGAAUUAAUCAAGCACAAUCUCCUCAUUCCUUUGCCCUCCAACACCCUGACCAAGGACCAAGUCAACGACUUGAAAAUCGCGCAGAGAAUCCUCGAAAUCGGAGCGUUGGCGUCGUUGCUCACCAACAACUACCAGUCGUUCGAAAACUACUUCGCUCAGUUAAGACCUUUCUACGCUACUGCCCAAAUCUACUCCAAGCAAGAAAAGCUCAAUACAGAUGCAACCAAAAUCAUAUCAUUAUACUUGCUCUACUUGUUGUCCCAGGGGUUGAUCUCCAAGUUCCACAUCGAGUUGGAAACCAUCUACAACUCCAGCCACUACGACACAGAAAAGGACAAGUACUUGAGCUUCCCCAUCAACUUGGAAAGAAACUUGAUGGAAGGAAACUACAUCAAGAUCUGGAAGCUCUUGAAGGAAGAAAAGAACUUGCCAUGCAAGGAGUACACCCACUUCAUAGAUACCUUGAUCAAUGCCCUCAGAUUCGAAAUCUCCAAGUCCUUGGAAAAGACCUACGACUCCAUCCCAAUCAGCAAUUGCAAGAACUUGUUGUACUUCCCCCAAGAGCAAUCCGAUAGUGUGUUUGAGACCAUUUUGAAGGAGCAAUUUGAGGUGGACAACUGGAAGAUCGAAGGCGGUGUCAUCUACUUCAACAGAAACGAAAGCAACGGCGACCAAGCUGAAGCCUCCAGUACAGUAUUCAAUGCUUUAAAUUACGCCGAACAAAUAGAAUCUAUUAUUUAG